CCGGCUGCCUCCAGGUGGACUCCCUUUGACCCGCUCCUCCCCGCCCCGCAGGUGCUGUCGGGAUGCGGAGUCUAUGACGGGACUGAGCUCCACGAGGCCUCCGCGGUACUGGUUCACUUGAGCCGCGGCGGGGCCGAGGUCCAGAUCUUCGCUCCUGACGUCCCUCAGAUGCACGUGAUUGACCACACCAAGGGGCAGCCUUCUGAGAACGAGACCAGGAACGUCCUGACCGAGUCCGCGAGGAUCGCCCGUGGCAAGAUCAGCGACCUGGCCCAGCUCAGUGCGGCCCAUCACGACGCUGCCAUCUUCCCCGGGGGCUUCGGAGCUGCCAAAAACCUGAGCACGUUCGCCGUGGACGGGAAGGACUGCAGAGUCCACGCAGACGUGGAGCGCGUCCUGAGGGAGUUCCACGCGGCCGGCAAGCCCAUCGGCUUGUGCUGCAUCGCUCCCGUCCUUGCAGCCAAAGUGCUCCGUGGCGUCGAGGUCACCGUGGGCCACGAGCAGGAGGAAGGUGGCAAGUGGCCCUAUGCGGGGACUGCGGAGGCCAUCAAAGCCCUGGGCGCCAAGCACUGUGUGAAGGGAGUGACCGAAGCUCACGUGGACCAGAAGAACAAGGUGGUCACGACCCCGGCCUUCAUGUGCGAGACGGCGCUCCACCACAUCCACGACGGGAUCGGGGUCAUGGUGAAGAAGGUGCUGGAGCUCUGUGGGAAGUGACGGCGCCGCGGGCCCCGCCUCCUCCACCAGGUGGAGCUGGUGGCCUGCUUCCUGGCUGCUGUCCUUGGGCAGGACACGUCUGCUCACACCUGCAGGUGUUUCCGGUCUGAAGAGGGGUCCCGGGGGCAGCAGCAGCCCUCGGGGCGGAGGCUGGCGGGCGCGAGGAGCCUCUGGCUGCCAGAGAUUAAGACGGGACCUGCUUUUUCAGGGAGGGAAUCGGGGGGCACAGCCCACCGUCUUAGCUUUGGCCGGCUGCAGGGUACCUGCUGUUUCGGGGGGGAAGAAUUUUUAAGUUUAUGGGUCUAGUAAUUAGGAGCCACGUUACCGUCUCCCUGGGCAAUCGGGGGCUCUCUGCUUUGGAGUCACACGUACUGAAAGGACAUGCGGGUUCACCGGAGGCCAGGGGGACGGACGGCCUUUCCAAGCGGACAUCGGGACGGCCGUGCAUCCCCGAGCUGGCACGCGGGAGCACAGACGAGGGCGCUAGCUUCCAGAAAGGACGGGAGGGGGUGGCGGCCCGCACGCACGGGCGUGUGUGUGUGUGUGAGUGUGUGGUGGGCCCGCGGGGGUUGGGGUACCGUCGCGUCCAUCCCGGGCUGCAAGCACAGCCAGAGCGAGACGCACGGAGCAGGGGCAAUAAAGCAUCUUGUAGGCGCACCAG